UAUUUUUCCACCAGCUGACUUUAUGUGUAGUGUUUACAUUCGAUCCUUUCUGGAAUUUCAAGAAAUAUCUUGAAUCUCACCAAGAUGGAUCUCUCGAAAAUGUGCCGCGUUUGCAGGGACGAAUCGGACUGUCUGGUGGACCUGUUCGCGGAGUCAUGCACCUCCCGCCGGGACCAAGGGGAGGAACCACAAUUGGCCACCAUGUUAAGGGAGUGCUCCGGAUGCAACGUGGCCAGGGCGGACGGAAUGCCGCAGUUCGUCUGCGUGGAGUGCGCCCAGGCCACGAGGAGCGCCUUCCGGCUGAGAAGGCAGUGCCGGAAGAGCCAACAGUACUUUGACCAGAUGCGUGCGAUGAUCAAGGAGCUGGAGAACAUUGAGGAUGGUCUGAAAAUGAAGAUGGGAGGCAAUGAGCCACAGAAAACCGAGUUCGGCGUCCAAAAGGGAGAACCAGCCGAACCUCAAGGCGUGGAACACCUCUUUGUCAAACUCGUGGAGAUGAAGUACAAGUCGCUCGACUCCCAGGAGCAAACCAAUGGCCACGCACUGAAAGACCCAGCCGAGAAACGCACUCCCAUCAAGAGGGCCAGGUCCUACUCGGAAAGUGAUUCCUGGAGUCCGGAAAGUGACGCCGCCAAAGACGACAACGAUGAUGACAACUGGGAGGCUUCAAGGAAGAGCAAGUUAAAAAAGGCGCGCGAAGCCUUUGAGUGUCUCCAUUGCCAGCAGUCCUUUGCCCACAAGGUACACUUGCAGAUCCACAUGCGUAUUCAUACGGGCGAGCGUCCGUUCAAGUGCCCCCACUGUCCGCGAUCCUUCACCCAGAAGGGCAAUCUGCACACCCACUUGCGGCUCCACACCGGGGAGCGCCCCUACCAAUGUCCGCACUGCCCCAGCCGCUUCCGGCAAGUCGGCCAGCUCCAAGUCCAUAACCGGGUCCACACUGGCGAGCGGCCGUACAAGUGCCCGGUUUGCCGGUUUAGGUUCGCACAGAAGAGCACCAUGCAGAAACACAUGUUCGUCCAUACAGGAGUCAAGUUUCAGCCCCAGCAACGAAGGAAAAAGUGCAGUGAUUCAGAUAGAUGUUAGGAUGCUCGUUUUAAUUACGAGAAUAAGUGGCAUGCCAAUGGGCAUUGUAUUAUUUCAUGCUUAAAUAUACCUAUUAAGUCCUAACUACAUACUUAGUAUA